AUGCAGAACAAUCUGGUACCGUACCGAAGUAUUUCAUUGGAUUGGACAAAUCGAAACAAUCUGGUACAUUUUUGGGACAGAGGAUAUCAAAACGGUGCACUUUGGAGAGAAGAGAGAGAAGUAGAGAACCCUAAUGCAAAGUUUGGGAAUCUUGCUCAUUCACUCACAAGCCACAGCGGAGGUCUUCUUCCGAAACGGACUCUAUACAGUAGACUAAGAUACAUUUCAAGCACUUCAACUUCAAAUCAACACUCAUUCACUGUCUCAUACCUCAUAAACUCAUGUGGGUUCUCACCAGAAGCUGCUCUAUCAGCCUCCAAAUAUGUUCAUUUUGAAAACCCACGUAAAGCAGACUUGGUCAUUAGCUUUUUCAAGAACCAUGGUUUCUCACAAUCCCAAAUCGCAAACGUCAUCAGAGAUCACCCAGGAGUGCUGGUAUCAAAUCCUCACAAGACCCUUUUGCCCAAAUUCGAGUUUUUCCACUCCAAAGGCUUUACAACCUCUGACAUUGCCACAGUCUUAUCUAGAAAUUCACCAAUAUUGAAACGAAGCUUGAAAAACCACAUAAUCCCUUCUUAUGUUUUCCUUGAGAAUUUUCUUGGAACUGAUGGGAACACUAUUACUGCUGUUAGACGUUCUCCGGGAAUUCUCACGGUUAAACUCGACACUCAUGUGGUUCCUAAUAUCAAUCUUCUGCGAGAAAAUGGAGUUCCUGAAUCAAAUAUAUGUGCCUUGAUUAAAAAUGUCCUAGACUUAUUACGGCAGGUGCUAUUCGAUUUAAAGAGAUUGUAGAGGAAGUCAAGGAAAUGGG